UUGUCUCGCAAGCCCCCUCGGAGGAUCGACAUCGCCUGCAUCACCUUCGACCUCUACAAGACCAACCCGCGGGACCUGGGCUGCCUCAACGUCAAAGCCACCCUCUACGGCACCUACAGCAUGUCCUACGACCUGCGCUGCUACGGCGCCAAGCGGCUGAUGAAGGAAGCCCUGCGUUGGAUGCUCUUCACCAUGCAAGCCACCGGCCACGUCCUCCUCGGCACCUCCUGCUACAUGCAGCAGCUCCUGGAUGCCACGGAGGAGCCGAAGGAGGCCGAGAGCAGCCCAGCGCUGCAGAGCCUCCUGCCCCGCAGCCUCCCACCCCUGCCCCGCAGGAAGACGCUGCAGUGA